AGUUGAACUGAAACGAGGCAUUCCAAAGAAGGACCUUCAUUUGAAUCCUACAUUAUUAAUUAAUUUUAAAAGAAAAUAAUCUUUAAUAAAUAUGAAUUUCACUAAGAUUUUGUUCUUUGUCUUUGCUUGCUUUAUGGUGUUUUUUACUGUGAGCGCUGCGCCGGGGAACUUCUUUAAGGAUUUGGAAGGAAUUGGUCAGCGUGUCCGCGAUGCUAUCGAAAGCGCAGGCCCAGCUGUGGACGUGUUGGGACGAGCGGCAGCUUUAUCCAGAGGGGAGCAGCAGCAAAGGGAAUAAGAAAAGACUUAUGUUAUAUGUAUUCUUAUGUCUAUAUCGUGUGUGUUUUACUAAAAUAUAAAAAGAAAACUUUUGUAA